GUCACAGAGGCCGAACCUAGCGCCAGAAUUCGCGUCUCUGGAACGACGCGCGCUGACCCUUAUCGGUCACCAUCCCUUCCGUUUCUGAGGGUCUGGGAGAGGCUGAGGUGGGACUCGGGGGGUUCUGUGGACACAGAGGCAAAGUGUUUAGAGACGUGGUACCGUGGUUUUCUCCAGUGGUGAAGAGCGAGGCCAUCGCCAGUUGACUGUUUUUGUUAUCUGCAAAUAAUUUUGGUCAGGUGGCAAGUGUAUGGACUGUGGAAUAAGAAGAACCUGCUUCUGCCUUUGACUUGGGUUCUAGUCCAGGGGAACAAGGCAUUAUUGGUCCUAGAAGAAGGAGGAGGUUCCAGGCCUGGGAGAUCAUCAUUUCUGGCAGCAGCCUGACCUGAGAUACCUUGACUGUAUCUUCUGGGCAGGCCCAGAGCAGACAGAAGACAGAGCAUAUCCUGGAAUUUCUAGCCCUUUUUAAGAACAGGAGAAAAUGACCAAGGCCCAGGCACCGUUAUCAUUUGAGGACGUGGCCGUGAGCUUCUCCCGGGAGGAGUGGCGGCUCCUGGUCCCUGCCCAGAAGGACCUGUACCGGGAUGUGAUGCUGGAGAACUACAGGAACCUGGUGUCAGUGGGAUACCAAGCCAGCGAACCAGAUUCACUCUUCCAGUUGGAGCAUGGAGGACCACUGUGGGUAGUAGAGGGAGCAGCUCCGAGGCCACCCUGUCCAGGCUAUCCAGCUACCAACCCACAUAUGAUCCUUAAUUUCGAGCACGGAGGGAAGCCAUGGAGCAUAGAAGAUGAAAUGCAAUGUCAGUACUCUUCAGGGAAGAAACCAUAUGGAUGCAAUGAAUGUGCAGUGAACGCUUUUGAACCACUCAUGACUGUGCUUCAGAGAACUCGUGCAGGAAGGAAAUCCCAUGAAUGCACUGAUAGUAGGAAAGCCUUUCCCAGUAAGGUGAAGCUAAUAAGUAAAGCUACUCAUCAGCAGACUCACACAAGGGAGAGACCGUUCGGGUGCAGUCAAUGUCAAAAAGCCUUCGUUACAAAGUCAGCACUCAGCUGCCAUCAGAAAACUCAUCAUAGAGAAGGGAAAUCCUAUGGAUGCAGUAAAUGUGGGAAAGCUUUUCCUUGGAAGUCAAAACUCGAAUUACAUCAGAGAACUCAUUCGGGAGAGAGACCUUUCAGAUGCAGAGUAUGUGAUAAAGCCUUCAUGGUUCAGACACAUCUGACUGUACAUCAGAGAACUCACACAGGAGAGAGACCAUAUAAAUGCUUGGAUUGUGAAAAAGCGUUCUCAAAAAAGGCUCAGCUCAUAAUCCAUCAGCGAAUUCACACAGGAGAGAGACCAUACAAAUGCAGUCAGUGUCAGAAAGCGUUCAUUACAAAGUCAGCACUCAUCUACCAUCAGAAAACUCGUCAUAGUGAAGGAAAAUCCUAUGGAUGCAGUAAAUGUGGGAAAGCUUUUCCUUGGAAGUCAAAACUCACCUUACAUCAGAGAACUCAUUCGGGAGAGAGACCUUUCAGAUGCAAAGUAUGUGAUAAAGCCUUCAUGGUUCGGACACAUCUCACUGUGCAUCAGAGAACUCACACCGGAGAGAAACCAUAUGAAUGCUUGGAUUGUGAGAAAGCGUUCUCAAAAAAGGCUCAACUCAUGGUUCAUCAGCGCAUUCACGCAGGAGAGAGACCCUAUGAAUGCAGCCAGUGUCAACAAGCCUUCAUCCAGAGGUCAGAUCUAACUAAUCAUAAGAAAACUCAGCAUGCAAUAGGGAAAUCUCAUGGAUGCGGUGAAUGUGGGAAGGUUUUGUCCUCUAAGUCAACUCUCGUUAUACAUCAGAGAACCCAUACAGGUGAGAAGCCCUUCAAGUGCAGUGUAUGUGAUAAAGCCUUCACAUCAAAGGCACAUCUUAUUGUCCACCAGAGAAUUCAUACAGGAGAGAAACCAUAUGAAUGUUUGGAAUGUGAGAAAGCCUUCUCCACUAAGGCACAUCUUAUGAUUCACCAGCGAAUUCACACAGGAGAGAGACCCUAUGAAUGCCGUGAAUGUCAACAGGCUUUCAUCCAGAAAUCAGGUCUCACUAACCAUAUGCAAAAUUGUCAUGCAAGAGUGAAAUCUCAUGGCUGCAGUGAAUGUGGAAAGGUUUUGUCCUGUAAGUCAACUCUGAUUAUACAUCAGAGAACCCAUACUGGUGAGAAGCCUUUCAAAUGUAACGUAUGUGAUAAAGCCUUCACGGCUAAAUCGUAUCUCACUGUCCAUCAGAGAAUUCAUACAGGAGAGAGACCAUAUGAAUGCUCUGAUUGUAAGAAAGCAUUUGCUACUUUGUCAACUCUCAUAGGCCACCGGAGAACUCACACAGGAGAGAGGCCCUAUGGAUGCAAUGAAUGCCAAAAAGCCUUCUUUCGGAAGUCAGCUGUUCUUAAUCAUCAGCAAACUCAGCAUAGAGGAAAAGUGUCUAUGCAGUGACCAUAGGAACAUGAGAAAUAGGUUUUGAUGAGUCAGUCCUCUCUGUUCAGAGAACUCAUUCAGAAUAGAAAUGCCAUGAAUGCUGUGAUUAUAGUAGACCUUUCUGAAACUUCAAUAGGAAGUAAACCUUAUGGAUGCAAGGAAAGUUGUAAGCCUUUCAUCCGAAGACUCCUCUCAGUAUACCACAGGGAUCUCACCAAAAGAGAGAAACAUUAUAAAUGCAGUGAUUGUCAAAAAUUUCAUUCGGGGGCCUCUGGGUGGCUCAGUCAGUUAAGCGUCAGACUUCAGCCUAGGUCAUGAUCUCGCCAUUCCAGAGUUCGAGUCCCACGUUGGGCUCUGUGCUGACAGCUCAGAGCCUGGAGUCUGUUUUAGAUUCUGUGCCUCCCUCCCCCCCUCAAAAGUAAACAAACAUUUAAAAAAUGUCAUUUGGAAGACGCUGUGCAUUUAGGAGGCAAUACCUGUGGGAUGCAGGGAAAGUGGGAAAUCAAUUUCAAAUCAUUUUCAAAGCACAUUUGUUAUACUUUAGGGUACUCGUUCAGGAGAGGGACCCUAGAGCUGCAGUGAGUGCAGAAAAGCCAAAGAAAAUCACAUCUCAUUGUACAUAAAAAUAAAAAUUACAGGAAGGUUGUGAUAAAGGACUUACCAUUCUCUGGAAAGUCAGACUCAUUGACCAUCUUGUGCAGGAGAGAAAUACUGUGAAUGUGAUACAGUCCUCCAAUUAAUGCAUAUCUUUGUACAUCAACAAACUCAUGUAGGAGGAAAACCCUAUUAAUGUAGCAAAUGUAGUAAAGGCUGCAUCUAGAUGUCAGAGCUCACUAAUUAUCUGCAAACUCAUAUAGUAGGUAAAUCCUUUGGCCACAAAACUCAUUGCAUAGCAAGAAAGAAAUGCCAUUAAUUACACUGAUUAUCUAAAAUGCUUUAUUUACAUGGGGUUCCUGGGUGGCUCAGUCGGUUAAGUUUCCGGCUUCGGCUCAGGUCAUGAUCUCACAGUUUGUAGUUAGAGCCCUAUGUCAGGCUCUGUGCUGACAGUGUGGAGCCUGGACCCCAGAGCCUGCUUUGAGUUUGUGUCUCCCUCUCUCUCUGCCCCUCCCCUGCUCACAAUCUCUCUCUCUCUCUCUCAAAACUAAAUAAACAUUUAAAAAAACUUAAUACUUUAUUUACAAUUCAGAGCUUUUUAAAUUGCUUAUUUUUUAUUUUUAUUAUUUUCUUGAGAGAGAGAGAGAGAGAGAGAGAGGGAACAAGUUGGGGAGGGGCAGAGAAAGGGAGACACAGAAUCCGAAGCAGGCUCCAGGCUCUGAGCCAUUAGCACAGAUCCCAAUGUGGGGCUCAAGCUCACGAACUGCAAAUCAUGACCUGAGCUGAAGUCAGAUGCUUAACCGAUCAAACUACCCAGGCGUCCCUACAAUUCAGAGCUUUUUAAAAAUAAUUUCAUAUCUUGUUGAACAGAGGGAUCUUUCACCACUUCUGAAAUGUAAAGCUAAAAUAAGACUUUAAGAAUGUAGAAGAGUGAAGGGGGGUGAAGUCAUAGUCACACAUUUAGUGAGUAGUAAACUGGAAAGGUAUGUAAAACUUUGAGUUGCUAUCAGAGGGGAGACCUGUUCAGGGCUGAAGGGAGGUCCUUAGUUUCUUACUACAAAAAUCUCUUCUUAACUAAAGGCUACACAAAUAAGAGUGUCAGUUUAUAGAAAAACUCCAAAUUGCACAAAACCCCAUGAGGCAGGAGAAAUGGACAGGAUGGCAGGAUGUGGGCUGUGGGGGCAGCCAGUCUGCAGCAGGGAUGGCUGGGCUGGACCUGUAGGAAACAGCACGCUGGCAAGUAUAGAGGCAGAGGUUAGUGCAUUCACCCAAAGCCCUUGCUUUCCAAUCAGACUUUCUAGGAUGCUGACGCUUUCCUCAAACAAGAUACAAUUCAGAGCUUUUUAAUUGCCCCCCAACUCCCAUAGCAGAGAGAUCCUAUUCUCAGACGAGGAAACAAUUUCCAGGUUCAGUGAAGUUAUAAAACCCAUAAGGAAUCAUGUCUGAUAUAUUAUAGAAAUACUGUGAUCAUAGUCACUAAAAAUGCUUUCUGUGGAGGAUUGGAUAUCAUUGAGCAUAAUAAGCUCUUAAAAAUAGAAUUUGCUGUCCACAGAGCAGUGAAUGUAGCAAAAGCAUCAGUAAUAGAUUGUGUUUUACUUUUGCAUUUCUGGAUUUAUUUCUUCACAUCUGACCAUAUCUUACGUGUGAUGCAUGUUAGAUUUGAUGGAAUGUCAGGGUUUUUCUAUGUUUGAUGGCAUUUUAGAUUUGGGUUAUUAGCUAAACUUGGAAGCUAUAUAUAGAACGAAAUUAUUUUAUAAGGGAUUAACAUAAUGGUUUUAGAAAGGAUUCCAGAGAUAUCAGAUAUUUUCUCUGCAAAUAUGACACCAUUUGAAUACAUUUAAAAAAUCAGAAUAAGAAGUUGAAUAGUGACAAAGGUUUAUAGGAGUUAUGUUCUGGACUAUACUGUGUAAUGUAGACUUUAUGUAUUUACCUUUAUUAUUUCUUAGAGUUACAUGAAGGAACAUUAUUUUUAGGGUUUAUUUCUCAGCAUAGACAUAGAAUAUUGAGUAACACAAUCUUGUGUAAAUAGGGAUGUUCUAUUUCCUUAUGAGUCAGAAUGUCUUGUAAUAUGUAAUUUGACUCCUUAAUAAGUAUUAUAAAGAAUUAGACUGCAUAAGUUUGCUCUCCUUAUUUUUACUGUGUUUUGUAAUGUUUCUGCCAAGUGUGAUAAUCAUCACUACUUGAAGCCUCCGUUUUUCUAGAGCCUUAUUUCUUAAAUAUGCAAAAGUGAUAAAAGAUUUACAUGAAAUACUAAAAACCAAGCAACACAUGAGACAAAGGGGAAGAAAAGACUUGGGUUUGUGUGUGUGUGUGUUCAUGUAUAUUUAUUGCAAGUGCUGUAUCAUGCAGGAACUUUGGAUUUAUUAUGAAAACACGUCCUUAAGCACUAGAAACAUUUUCUGUCUUAGCAUUCCCUAAAAUACCCAGUAUUUACUAACAUUAGGAAUGACAUUGCAGAAAUUGGAAUUCUUGAACAUAACUGGAAUGUGAAGUGGUUCAGUUGCUGUGGAAAACAAUUUGGCUGUCCCUCCAAAAAGUUAAAUAUGGAAUUACGUAUGACCCCAGAAUUCCACUCAUAGGUAUAUAUUCAACAAAAUUGAAAACAGGUACUUCAAUACUUGUACAUGAAUGUUCACAGCAGCACUAUUCACAAUAACCAAAAGGUGGAAAUAAUCUAGAUGUCCAUCAGUGAAUGAAUGGGCAAACAAAAUGUGGUAUGUAUAUACAUACGUGUAUAUAUUACGUGUAUGUAUAUAUACGUGUAU